CCAAAUCCCAUUUGAUUCCCUCCCCUUCCCCCUCACCCCCCACUUCGGCUUCUCCAUCUUUCCCUCUGGUACAGCCGCGCGCCUCCCGCCGAUCUUCCCUCUCCUUUCCACGCUGUUAACGUCGUUUCUGGGUCCGGUGCUCCUGGCUGCUUCUUCGCUCUUCCCCGCCGCUUCUUCUUCUUCUCGUUGCUGCUUCCGCUGAUACAGUCCUUCUGCCGUCCGGUGCUGCUCCUCUCCGCUGGUUCUCUUCCUCAACAGGCCGCCGCUGCGCCUCGCCGCGUCCUCCUCACUGCAGUUGCCAGGAAAGAAACAUAGAAGGAGCUAAUUUUCCUCCCAUCUGGUUUGUUCACCGACACAAGAUCCCGAAUUAAAAUGAAAUUCCUGCCACCUACGUCUUCGAAAGCACCUGUCAAGUUCAGGAUGCCAACAGCGGAGAAUUUAGUACCAAUUCGAUUGGACAUAGAACUUGAUGGCCACCGCUUCAAAGAUGCUUUCACUUGGAACCCUUCUGAUCCUGAUUCUGAGGUGGUGGUAUUCGCCAAAAGGACUGCAAAAGACUUGAAGCUACCUCCUGCUUUUGUUAUGCAGAUUGCUCAGUCCAUUCAGACACAAUUGACCGAGUUUAGAUCCUAUGAAGGCCAGGAUAUGUACACUGGCGAGAAAAUUGUUCCAAUCAAGCUUGAUCUUCGGGUGAAUCACACUCUUAUCAAGGAUCAGUUUUUGUGGGACUUGAACAACUUUGAUAGUGAUCCUGAAGAGUUUGCUAGAACCUUUUGUAAAGAUUUGGGAAUUGAAGAUCCUGAAGCUGGACCUGCAAUUGCUUUAGCAAUUAGGGAACAGCUGUAUGAGAUUGCAAUUCAAAGUGUAGCUACAGCAAGGGAAAGCAGAUUAAGUAAAAAAGGUCGCCGUGGCUUUGAAUAUAUUCCCGCUCAUAAAGCAGGGGGUACUGCAUUGGAUUUGAUGAAGUUGUUCAGUAAUAAAUACAGUGUGGUUAGGAAAAGGAAGGAAUGGGAUGUAUACGAGCCGAUUGUUGAUCUCCUAUCAACUGAGGAAGUGGAUGCCCUUGAAGCAAGGGAGGAAAGGAAUGCGCGGUGAUUUAUGCUUAUCAAUAGCCGAGCAUAUGGAUGCCUAUGCCGUUCUUUUUAGUAAGUUGCUUCCAACCUACUAUUUAAAACCAGUAAAGCCUAGGUGUAGAUAGCCAAAUGCGGCGGCCUUUUUCAUUCUAGCUUCUGAGAAACAAAAAUAAUUUUUCAAUGCAAUUGGAGGAACUAUAAGGCUUCUUUA